AUGACAAACCAAAAUGUGUUGGGGAAGCAACGCGUGAACGAGAGGCUUAUCGAGAUAGCAAUGUCGUUUUCUAACUCUAAUGUUUUACCGGCAACUGCUGUACCAGAAUUAAUGGCUUUGUUUGAUGAGUUUUUAGCUCAGCAGAAAAACAAUGUCAUACCGCCUCUAGAAGAUGAAAAUGGCAAAAGAACAACAAAGACUAACAAAUGGAUUGAUUCCAUGAGAGCUUCUUCUCCUACCCGAACAAGAAACACUUCCGAGAAUCGCGACCAAAUUCACUGGAAGCUUUUUCAUCCUUCUGCCUUAAACAUGUUUGAUCAAAUAAUGUUGAAAGCAAAUGGAAAACAAAUAGUUGUUUUUCUUGACUAUGAUGGAACUCUCUCCCCAAUUGUUGCAGAUCCAAAUAAAGCUUACAUGACUAAAAAGAUGAGAAUGACAUUGAAGGAUAUAGCAAGACAUUUUCCCACCGCUAUAGUUAGUGGAAGGUGCUUAGAUAAGUUAUUUAGCUUUGUAAGAUUGACAGAAUUAUAUUAUGCUGGAAGUCAUGGAAUGGAUAUAAAAGGACCUACUAAAAAAGGUAGUAACGAUGGGGUACUUUUGCAACCUGCAAGUGAAUUCUUGCCCAUAAUCAAUGAGGUUUAUAAAAUCUUAGUGGAAAAAACAAAGGAUGUUCCCGGAGCUAUGGUUGAAAAUAACAAAUUUUGUUUGUCCGUUCAUUUUCGUUGCGUUGAUGAAAAGAUUUGGGCAGCAUUGGCCGAACAAGUAAGCUUAGUCCUCAAUAAUUACCCAAAUUUAAAGUUAACUCAAGGAAGAAAAGUGUUGGAAAUUAGACCAACCAUAAAAUGGGACAAAGGAAGAGCUCUUGAAUUUUUGUUAGAGUCACUUGGAUUUGCAAAUUCUAACAACGUAUAUCCAAUCUAUAUUGGUGAUGAUCGAACUGACGAAGAUGCUUUUAAGGUUUUAAGCAAUAGAGGCCAAGGGAGUGGGAUUCUUGUAUCCAAAAUUCCAAAAGAAACCAAUGCUUCGUACACUUUGCAAGAUCCAUCUGAGGUUGGAGAAUUUUUGCAGCAUUUGGUUGAAUGGAAAAGAACAAACUCUCAUAGCCACAAGUUGUAG